CAGCUGUGAAGACAUUAGGAGAAUUAAAUUCACAGGCACGGGCUUUGAGAACCAUCAGGCUUCCUUAUGAGCCAUCAUACAGACAAAGUGCAAUUACUGGGAAAGGGAAUUAACAACUCGGCCUGGAAAGUGGGCAGCUGGGGCGACUGCUGAAGAUCUGCAUCCAUCUCACAGAGCACCAGGUGACGAGUGACAGGCUGUGGUGGUGGACAAAGCAUGGCUUUUACCAUGCUACGAUCUAUGCCUGCCCAUGUGAUUUAUCCGGAUCUUAGCAUGAUGUCGGAGGACGAGGAGAACAGGAGCGAGAGCGACACUUCGGAUCAAUACUACGGCUGCUAUGAAACUUCGGCAAAGAGGAGAAAGGUUCCUAGGAAGACUGGACAGGUGGUGGUGGUGAAGCAGAGGCAGGCGGCCAACGCCAGAGAAAGGGACAGGACACAAAGUGUUAACAGCGCCUUUACUGCCCUGCGCACCCUGAUACCCACUGAACCGGUGGAUAGAAAACUCUCCAAAAUAGAGACUCUGCGCUUGGCCUCCAGCUACAUCUCCCACCUGGCCAACGUGCUUCUACUAGGGGAAGGCUGCGAGGACGGACAGCCGUGCUUCAGUACAGUCUACAGGACCAGAGAUGAAGCGGAGGGCAAACUGCCGCGCAGCAUCUGCACCUUCUGCCUUAGCAACCAAAGAAAGGGGGCCACAAGAAGAGAACACACUGGGAACUGCCUGAAAGUGCGAGGGCUCAACACAUUACGUAUCCCCCAAAGAUGAUCCGUGCCUUCCCCUGAAUCACAAAGCGGAAAUGAAACAUUAUAGGGCCCUCUCAUUUCAUUUUCUAUGCAAAACAGAAGAUGGUUGAGAAGCCCCAGAGAUGGCAAGGAAAAGCCUUCAGAAGAUCAGUCAGAGCUGGUCACAUUUCUGGACGCCAACGUACUCAGGAUGUCCUAAAGAGGCGAUGGGCACAAUUUAACGCUGUGUUCGGUUGGCUUAUGAAGGGGGAGGGACGCACCAUCAUGGUGGCUUGGACAAUAAUCUUUGGGUGAUCAACCUUGAGAUCAGGACUGC